CGGUGAUGAUGAUGAUGAUGAAGAUGAUGAAGAUGAUGAUGAUGAUGAAGAUGAAGAUGCUCCAGGUCGUGACAGCGGAAAACACGACUCCGUCAGCAGUGGGCGGAACUGUGGAGCAGCGGACUCUGCAGCUGCAGCAUCUCUCAGGGGAAAUCAGACUGUAAUCAGCUUGGACCGAUUUAUGGCGGGGAGGGGGCGUCACGACACACACCGAUCCUCUGGUUGUGUGGGUGUGGGGGAGGUUUGGGGGCGGGGCCUCAGUCGGGUAUAAAGGCAGAGCUCAGGUCCUACAACUUCACAGAGCUUCAACGACCUGAUCCACACACCUUCAACAGACCUGGGUGGACACACCAUGAAGACACCAUCGGACUUGUCUGUCAACAGUGGGAGACCAGGUGGACGUCUCGGCCGUCGUGUCCUCACUAACACUCGAGAACGCUUCAGACAACAGAACGUGAACGGAGCCUUCGCUGAGCUGAGGAACCUGCUCCCCACACACCCCCCCGAUCGGAGGCUCAGUAAGAACGACAUCCUCCGCCGCGCCCUGCGCUACAUCCACUUCCUGCAGCGGCUGCUUGAGCUGCAGCAGCAGCAGCAGCAGCAGCAGCAGCAGCGCCAUCACCUGGCUUCAGCCUGGCACCGAGCAAACAGUGUUGACCAGGACCAGGACCAGGACCAGGACCAGGACCAGGACCAGGACCAGGACCAGGACCAGGACCAGGACCAGGAAGACAACACUCUGUCCCCAGACUUCAGCCAUGACCUUUCAGAGUUGGACUUC